AUGUGGCAGGCAAGCAAUGUCUAUGCCAUCUGUGGCUUUGCCGCCAUUGGUGGUGGUCUAUUCGGAUUCGACAUUUCUUCCAUGUCUGGCGUCCUUGGCACCGAGGCUUAUCGCCAGUACUUCGACCACCCAACCGUGUACCGCCAGGGUGGCAUCACUGCCUCCAUGCCUGUUGGCUCUCUCCUGGGUGCCCUUUCUUCUUCCUUUAUCGCCGAUCGUUUCUCUCGGAAGGUUUCUCUUCAAAUAGCCUGUAUCUUCUGGAUCAUCGGUGCUACAUUUCAAUGUGCCGCCAACGGUGUGGCUCUACUCUGCGUGGGCCGAAUUGUUGCCGGCUACUGCGUCGGUAUAUGCUCAGCCAUCGUCCCUGUCUAUCAGUCCGAGAUUGCCCCCAAAGAGAUCCGUGGCCGCGUUGUAUCGCUGCAGCAGUGGGCCAUUACUUGGGGUAUUCUGAUUCAGUACUUCAUCCAGUAUGGUGCAGCCGAGGGCACGGAUGGCGGUCCGACCGAUCCCGAGCAGUCAACCGCCGCUUUCCGUAUCCCCUGGGGUGUUCAGAUGGUGCCAGGCGUCAUUCUCUUCCUCGGCCUGUUUUUUUGCCCCUACAGUCCACGGUGGCUCGCGUCCAAGGAUCGCUGGGAAGAGGCAAUGAAGGUUCUCGUCCACGUCCAUGGAAAGGGCAAUCCCGAUGAUCCCAAGGUACUUGCUCAGUACCAAGAAAUCGAGGAGGCUCUACGCUUCGAACCACUAACGAAUCCAGACUACAUCGUCUACAUCAUGCAAGGCGCUGGCCUCGGCAACCCUCUUCUGACAGCUUCGGUCCAGUAUAUCAUCAACGUUGCCCUUACCCUUCCCGCCAUUAUCUUCCUCGACAAGUGGGGUCGCCGCAAGCCCCUCAUCAUCGGCUCCUUCUUCAUGAUGACCUGGCUCUUCAUCUCGGGGGCUUUGCAACAGGCCUACGGCGAGCCGAACACGGAUGAGACGCGCACCACUGAGAACUCUGAUGUCACCUGGAUCGUCUACGAGCAGCGACCCGUUUCUAUCGCCAUUGUCUCAUGCUCCUAUCUCUUCGUCGCAACCUUCGCGACCACCUGGGGACCAGUGUCCUGGACCUACCCUGCCGAGAUCUUCCCGAGUAAGGUGCGCGCCAAGGCUGUCUCGCUCGCGACAGCGACAAACUGGUUCUUCAACACUGUUCUGGCGUUUGCCGUGCCUCCACUUCUCUGGAACAUCAACUACAACAUGUACUACAUCUUCGCCACCUUCAACGCGCUGGCAUGCAUUCACAUGUUCCUGCUCGCGCCAGAGACAAAGGGCUUUACGCUUGAGGAGAUGGACGACGUGUUCAACUCAGGUAUCCCGGCCUGGCGCACACACGUUAAAACGUCGCGGUUGGACGAGCUUGCUGUCGAGAUUGAGGCGGCGAAGGGGAAAGGCGUGGAACCUGCUGUAGGCAAUGGUGAAUACGUACCGGGCGAGAAGACUGUGCAAACAACGACGGGGUCCCACGAAGACAACACACGAGCUGUGUAA